CCUCCACCGAUUUGCUGUGAGGUGCUGAUCUUCGCCACACCACCGCACCACCGUCGCUGUGCUAUUUUUCUUUAAUGGAUAAGAGUUGGAUGUACAAGCCUAGACAAUCUAGGGAAUAUCAAGAAGGAGUUGAUCAAUUUCUCGAGUUUGCUUUUAAUAAUGAGUCAGUUGGUGGGAAGAUAAUGUGUCCUUGCAAGCAUUGUGUUAACUCAUUAUGGCAAACAAGGGAUGAAGCUAAAGUGCAUUUAAUUUGUGAUGGGUUUUUAAGAGGAUACACUCAAUGGGUUUGUCAUGGUGAAUUUUCUUCUAUUAAUGAUAUUGCAUCAUCUUCUUCAACCCAUAUUCUUGAAACUUCACAAGUACAAGAGGCUAUUCGUGCAAACUUUAGAGGUUUUGAUAAUAUGGAAGCUUUGUUGCAUGAUACAAUGGGUAUGAUUGGUCAAUUAGGUGGUCAAGAAUUAAAUUUUCAGAUGUUUAGAAACACUUCUGAUGCUCAAGAUGAUGGUGAUGAUAAUUGCCAGGAUUCAGAUGAAGACAUAGAAGAACUAGCAGAAGGAAUAUCUGUAGAACAAUUCGGAGAUGGAUGUGCUGAAGAAAAUAGUAAUUUUUUGAAGUUGUUGAGAGAUGUUGAAGAAGAGUUGUUUCCUGGAUGCAAGACAUUUUCAAAAUUGUCAUUCAUAAUACAUUUGUAUCAUAUAAAAUGCUUAGGUGGAUGGACUGAAAAAUCAUUUGCAAAGGUGCUUGAAUUGUUAGGUCGGGCAUUUGGUGAACAGUCAUCUUGGCCAAAAUCUUCUUAUGAGGUUGUUAAAGAUAUCAAAGUGCCUGAUGGUUAUGCUUCAAACAUUUCAAGAUGUGUAAACCUACAAGAGCGCAAGAUUGGUGGUCUUAAAAGCCAUGAUUGUCAUGUUUUGGUUCAAGACAUCCUUCCAUUAGCUUUACGAGCUUGCAAUCCACCCAAGGAAGUCAUUCAAGUUGUAAGUGAAUUGGCAACAAUUUUCAAAUCACUUUGUUCUAAAGUGGUGGAUGUGAAUGAGCUUGAAGAGCUUCAAAAUCAAAUUGUUAUGACAAUUUGUCAAAUGGAGAAGAUUUUUCUUCCAUCAUUUUUUACUAUUAUGGUACAUUUAAUCAUUCAUUUGGUGGAAGAAAUGAAACUUGGUGGACCAAUUAAUUUUAGAUGGAUGUAUCCUUUUGAAAGGUUCUUCAUGCGUUUCAAAUCUUAUGUUAAAAAUCGAACUCAUCCUGAAGGUUCCAUUGCUGAAGGAUAUAUAGCUGAAGAAUGUUUGACAUUUUGUUCACGAUAUCUUCAAGGGGUUGAAACAAAAUUCAACCGACCAAUGAGAAAUCCAAACCCGCCUACAAAUGACCAAGUAAAAUACUUAUUCUCUAGUGUUGGUCAACAUAUAGGGAAGAUUGAAGAAAUUGUUUUAGAUGAAAUUUCCUUGGUUCAAGCGCAUCGUUAUGUCCUUCGUCAUUGUGAUGACAUUGAGAAUUUUCGUAGAGAGUUCAUUGAAUUGGAAAAAAGAAAGCGACGUCGACAUUCUCGUCUUUCUGAAGUUGAAUUAGAGAAGUUAGUGAAUGAAAAUUUUCAUUUGUGGUUUCGAAGCAAGGUUUUGGAAAAAGAUUAUCCGGAUAUUCCAGAAGAAGUUGUGGCUCUUGGUGUGGGACCUAACAAAGUAGCAAAGAGAUACUCUGGGUUCAUUAUUAAUGGAUUCAGAUUUCAUACCAAAUCUCGUGAUGAAAAUAGAAUGACUCAAAAUAGUGGUGUGGUUAACACUUCAGAAGUUGGAAGUGUAAAUUACUAUGGUAGAUUAAGAGACAUUAUUGAGUUAGAUUACUAUGGUAAUUUUAAGGUUGUGUUGUUCAAGUGUGAUUGGGUUGAUGUACACCAUAAUACGGGUAUUAGGCAAGAUGAAUUUGGGUUCACUCUUGUAAAUUUUUCUCGCCUAAUACAUACCGGUGAAAAAUUAGAGCAUGAUCCCUAUGUGUUCUCAUCUCAAGUUGAACAAGUGUUCUAUGUGCAAGAUUUGAAGAAUGAGAAUUGGUCUAUAGUUAUCAAGACUAGGCCUAGGGAUUUGUUUGAUAUGGGUGAUAUAGACCAUUGAAAAAGAUGUUA